AUGGAGGCGAAUGGGUCUGGGAUUGCGCUCGACACGGCGUCGUCGAUGCCGAUAAGCGUGAAUUGGGUAAUAUUCGUGACUAUUUGCGUCCUUGGCAUCAUCCUCAAUAUCUCCGUGUUUUGGAAGCGCAAAUCAUCCAGAUCAAAGCGUCAAUCAUCAACCACCCACAUUUCCUUGUCACUACUAUGUACAAUGGCAGCUGCAGAUACGAUCUGCUUGGUCGCACUCUUCUUUUUGCUUAGCCUCCGCUAUUGGGGUGUGCAAAGCGAUAUGUUCUUCACAAUUGCUUGCAAGCUGGACGUCUUCAUCAUCCAUGCCGCAUCCGCAUUUUCCAUUUGGUGUUGGCUGGUUUUGUCGGCCGUACGCUACGUUGCGAUUUACAGGCCGUAUACACACUUGAAGAUGCAUAAGGAACCGCAUUUGGCAGUGAUCGGAAUCGCCGCCUUCUGUUGCUUGGCGGAAUCGUGGCUUCUCUACGACAUUACCUACUUCCCAGAAGUGAAAGCAUGCGAAUCAAAUUCGGAUGAAGCUACCGGGCAAAAGUUGCAGAUUGUCGAGAUUAUCAUCUCGUAUUUUCUGCCGGCCGGGAUUAUCACAAUACUCGAUUUAAAGGUUUUAUUUUGCCGUACGGUUUGGUGGUCUGGGAUCGGGACCAAUCAGGCGGAUAAGCAGUUUGCGUUAAUUUCAAAUGGGGAUCUCGCAGAGCAGGAAGCAAAACAGGGGCACAUGGUGGUGAGUGCCAUGCUACUCCAAUCGGGUCGCAUUCUGACAGCAAAACGAAGGGCUCAACAGUUGAAGGUGCUGCGCCGGUGUCUGGUGAUUACGGUGUUCGAUUUGGGAAUGAAUUUGCCGAGCUAUUUGUAUAGAUUGUAUUUGUGUACACUAACGGAAGAAGAAAUGUUACAACUGGACCCGAAGACCCAAUCUUUGAUCGAAUUCGUCACGCAGAUCAUGUAUUUCGCGCAGUUCUCAUUAAAUGCUCUCUACCUCGUUUGCAUCAUCUACGAUACCCCUAAGAAAAGGCGAAGGAUUCCGGCGUCAAGUGCCUCAUACGCCUCCGGAAUGUCAAAGCGCAGCGUUCUACAGCAGAAAGACAGUCGCACCAUUGAUUUU